AACCGUGGUUCACCAACUUGUCAUGGUCACGGCCGGCGUCAAAGCGUUUUUGUUCGUGGCGGCAUUGGUGGUUUCUGUCGUGGCGACGGAAGAGGAUUGUGGUAGUGAAGAGGCGGCGUCGUGUGCCUCACCACAGUUUCUACAACUUCACCGGCAGGUCAACGAUGGCACCAGCAAUCCGCAAGGCGUGUCUCAUUUCUGGCCGCACGCGCGGGGGCGAAUGCUGCAACAUCCAGGUACAACACCUGAAGCCUGGACCAACCACAGCUUGAGCUGGACCUGGUCGUAUCCGGAAGGGAAGUUCCACAACCUCUUCGCGGGUGGACCUGUGAUUGAUGAGGACAAACACAUCUAUCAGAUGACAGCCAGAGGUUUGUAUGCCUUCAACUCUUCGGGUCAUCAGCUUUGGCACUAUCAGCCGCCAGGACGCUCCAACAAUGAGGUCACUCUAUAUGGAGAUUUAGUUUUGGGUACCACCUGCGACACUGGCAACGCUUUUGCGGUGAAUCGCAGUACAGGCCAAAGCGUUUGGAUUACCAACAUUGCGGAGGACGCUGGACAGGAUUGUGGCUAUCCGGCAGCUGUCGACGGAGUUCUUGUGGUGGGCGGAGAGAGAGCCCACUUAGAUCCAGCUGAUGGCAACAGUCAGAUCUUUGGCCUCGACGCGAACAGUGGGGAGAAACUUUGGCAAUAUCGUCCUGACAUGCCGACGUGGAACCUCCUUCCCCUCUUCCCGGGUGAUGGUACAACACUCUUCAUGGACUUCGCUGGGGGUAUCUACAAAUUGGAUCUCCACACAGGUAAAGAGCUUUGGAAGAACUUGCACCAUGACUCUCGAGGCAUUGGUAUGACCGCCUCCGGAGAAAAUCGCUCCUUUGGGGAUGGUGGCGCUGCCUUAGGCCCCAAUGGGAUGGUCUACACGUGCUCAAAUCCUUUGGCCUACCGUGGCGAUGAAGGGACCACAGGCAUUGUGCGAGCUUUUUACCAGUCCAACGGUACAGAAGUAUGGUCGACCUCGACAAACUUUCCAUGCAACAACUACCCCGCCGUGGGGACAACUACUGGCAUCGAUGGUUUGAGCCUCGUUGUCACGCCAGGCUCCUUGAUGAUCCCUCGUCAAAAAGAGCAGGGUGAGAUCCUGAGCCUCGAUGCCUUCACGGGUUCGAAAAAGUGGAGUAUCAAGGUGAAGCCCCUUGAUGUGCCACUGAACAUGCCCGAAGGGGAUGUUGCAGGCCUUGGCACUCGCCUGCAGGACGGCAUCCAACCCAUUUGCUGGCCUUCGCAUUGGAGCGCUCCUAUGAUCGAUGGCAAUGGCAUGGUCUUGGUGGGACGCUCCGAUGGCAAGCUCUACCGCGUCUUCGGGCCUGAUGCAGGAUACAAAGGUGUUCGGUCGCCCAACAUGUCCGUGAGCGAGGGCCUUCUGUGGGAGGCCACGACCCUUGGUUCCGCCUUUUUACACGGCGCCCUUGCUGCUGCUCCAGGGCUGUUUGUUGUCUCCUCUUGUGACACGAUCUAUGUCUUCCAGAAGUGAAGAGCACAUGGCUGGCCGUAUUUUGGACCAAAAAAUGAGCUGUGAUUGGCAUUUGCGGCAGCCAAAAGUGAGCACGCAUGUUCCCUUUCCGGCGGUGAAACUGAAAUGCUCACAAGGCCUAGAUGUUAG